AUGUUCCGUUAUAUACCUCGACCGGCCCGUCCGCACUCCUUGUUGCCCAACAAUUUUGUCAGCUACCGUGGAAAAGCUCUUGUGUCGACCUCGUCGUCUCUCCCUGCGCCAAUCCCUUCUUCUGUGAACCAGGCUUCCGAAGCGUCGCUGUCGCAGACAUCCGCCGACAUGGCUGCACACCCAACCCUUCCUUCGCUGUCGAACAGCCAGCUUCGAUCAGCUCACCACGUUCCACAGCUGGGACUUGGUGGUCAAUCAGAAGGAACAUUUGAUACGGCCAACCCGCCCUAUAUUCGCAAAUAUCUACGCACCUACGGCCUGACGCCUCCUCGCGCUGAAUCCUACGAGACGCAGAAAACAAGAUGUCUGGCACAGCUUGCUUUGAAGCAAACCCCCAUUGACAAGUUUUUAUACCUGAGCACUCUUCGCAAGAACAAUGUUCACCUUUUCUACCGUCUAGUGACAGAUCACAUUCAGGACUUGACUCCCUUAAUCUAUACACCCGUAGUGGGUGAGGCCUGCCAGCGAUGGUCAGAGAUUUACCAGCAACCAGAGGGAAUGUAUCUCAGUUACGAAGACAAAGGCAACAUUGCCGCUGUCAUUGCGAACUGGCCUCAGCCCUCGGUUGAAAUUACAGUCAUAACUGAUGGCUCACGUAUCCUCGGUCUGGGUGACCUUGGAAUCAACGGUAUGGGCAUUCCUAUCGGAAAGCUUGCCCUAUACACCGCAUGUGCGGGUAUCCGUCCCGAGGCUACUCUGCCCUUGACUCUGGACUUGGGUACCAGUAACAAGGCUUUCCGGGAAGAUCCCCUCUACAUGGGCAGCCGACGAGACAAGGUGUCUCCCGAAGAGGAACAGGAAUUCCUUGAUGAACUCAUGGCUGCCUUGACAGACCGAUGGCCCGGUAUUGUCAUCCAAUUUGAAGAUUUCAAGAACCCAUUCCCCGCUCUAGAGCGGUACCGUCACACGUACACUGCCUUCAACGAUGACAUCCAGGGAACUGGCGCUGUUAUCUUGGGAGGCGUCAUGAACGCUGUCAAGCGCUCUGGAGUUCUUCCCAAGGACCAGCGUGCUGUGUUCUUCGGUGCGGGAAGCGCCGGUGUAGGUGUAGCCAAGCAGAUCGUAGACUACUUUGUCAAGGAAGGAAUGACCGAAGAGGACGCUGCGGCCUGUUUCUAUCUUGUUGACACCAAGGGUCUUGUCACUGCGGACCGCGGAGACAAGCUUGCCGACCACAAGGUCUAUUUUGCACGCAAAGACAACAAUGGACAGCAGUUCAAGACCCUAGAAGAAGUCAUUGACCACGUCAAGCCCACAAUGCUCAUGGGCUUGUCAACUCUGGGUGGGGUCUUCACACCAGAGAUCCUGAAGAAGAUGGCCGAGUGGAAUGAGCAACCUAUAAUCUUCCCUCUCUCCAAUCCUUCUCACAAGUCUGAGUGUGACCUGGAAGCUGCAAUCGUCCACACCGACGGACGAGCCCUGUUUGCCUCCGGCUCACCCUUCCCGCCGGUGGAAUUCACCAACGCCGCCGGUGAAACCAAGGUCUACUACGGCGGACAGGGAAACAACAUGUACGUGUUCCCCGGUAUUGGGCUGGGCACAAUUCUCUCCAAGGCGGUCGAAGUCACAGAUAGCAUGAUCUACGCCUCCGGCGAGGCACUCACCAAGUGCAUGACGGCGGAGGAAGAGGCACGCGGAUUGUUGUACCCUGAUCUCACCAGGAUUCGGGAAGUCAGCGUGGUGGUUGCGCGCGAGGUUAUCCGUGCCGCGCAAGAAGCGCAGGUUGAUCGCGAAACAGCCAUCCGCGGACUGAGCGAUAGCGACCUAGAUGCAUGGAUUCGCGUGCGCAUGUAUGACCCGCAUGCCGAGGUUGCUUCGCUUGAGCGCGAAGUUGGCGCAUUGUUGUCGUCGAUCGGACGGCCUUUUCCAUCAGGGAAUGGAUAUUUCAAUCAUGCUGCGACUGACGAUAAGAACGCGAAGCUAUAA